AUGUCAUUUGGCCUGUGCAAUGUGCCUGCCACCUUUCAGAGAUUGGAACUAGAAUACAAGGCCUAUUGGGCCACUAGAUUCCUCAACCUUGAUGCUAAAGUAGUAAGAGAAAAAUGGCUGCUCCAACUAAAUGAGUUGGAUGAAUUCCGCGUAGCUGCAUUUGAAAAUUCAAAGAUCUAUAAAGAAAAGGCAAAGAGGUGGCAUGACAAGAAGAUAGCUUCCAGAGCCUUUGAACUAAGACAGAAGGUCCUGCUCUUCAACUCAAGACUCAAAUUCUUCCUUGGAAAACUCAAAUCCCAUUGGAAAGGACCCUAUGUGAUUACUAGAGUAUCCCCUUAUGGGCACAUAGAACUUCAAGGUAAAGAUCCUGACACAAGGUUCACUGUCAAUGGACAAAGGGUCAAACAUUACCUUGGAGGAGAUAUUGAGCGAGGAGGCUCGACACUGCUACUAAGCUAA